CAGGAAAAGUCAUACUUGCAUAGUUGUUUGAGAAACAUUGUGAUAUUCUUGGAAGACAGUACUGUCUAAGAACUAGAAAUAACAACAAUGGAGAAUCCUUUGAAGUGUGAAAUUUGUAAAGUUGAUAUGCCAAAUGUGUGUUGGGAAUCACAUCUCCAGGGUAAGAAACACCAAAGAGGAGUUUUGUUGCUGCAGCAAAAGAGAGAUGCAGAAGAUAGAGGAAUAUAUGUUAAGGGUUUUCGUGGUCCUGUGAAUCAGGAACACUUAAAGGCCUUUUUUAGACAAUUUGGACAAAUCAGGAAGCUCACAUAUGAUCGUCAGAGCAAAUUUGCUAUUGUUCAGUUCUCUGAGAGACAAUCUGCUCAGAUGUGCUUAUCCAAAGAGUUAUAUUACAGAGGACACGUUCUGCAUGUAAAACAGCGGGAAAUACGUGCCCCACUGAAUCAAGGUCCAUGUCCUCAGAAGGCAACAAGUGAAGAGUUUGAUCAUGUGAAAAUAACUACUGCACUUUCAUUAUGUGAAGAUAAUUUUGAGGUCCAGUUUGCAGCAUUAUUAAAUGAAAUUCAUCUCUCAGACUAUAGCAAAUAUGGAAUGGUUUGUAGGCACUUGGAAUCCACAUUUUCUGUUGCUUUUCCUGGCUGCAAGGCAUAUCCAUUUGGUUCUGCUGUAACAGGCCUUGCUUUUAAAUGGAGUGACUUGGAUGUCUUCAUGGACCUAAAUGAUGUUGCAGCUACCCAACUGGAAGGAGGAAGUGUGAGUUUACCUGUUCCAGAAUCACUGAACAAUGUGGUAAACCAUGCAAAAAAAUUGUUUCGUAAGCCAUAUUUAUUCAGCAAAGUCUUUGCAAUUCCAAAAGCUAAAACUCCAAUUGUGAAGUUUAUUCACAAACCUACAAACAUUAAUUGUGACUUAUCAUUUAAGAAUGCACUUGGUGUUAACAACAGUGCUCUGAUUAAGUUUUAUUUAUCCUUGGAUCCACGGUUAAAACCAUUCUUAAUUGUAAUAAAAUAUUGGGCUAAAAAGAAUGAUCUCUCUGGGCAAUGCAAGCUCAGCAACUAUGCAUUAAUAAUGAUUGCAUUGUUCUAUGUACAACAGUUAGAAGUUCCAAUUAUCCCACCUGUUGCCACAUUACAGGAAGGUGUGGACAAUAAAGUUAUCAUUGAUGGCUGGGAAUGCAGUAUUAAUACAAAUAUUUCACCACAAAACAGUAACAGAAUGUCUGUACCAGAAAUGCUGUGUGGAUUCUUCAAAUUUUUUUCUACCUUUGAUUAUCAGAUGAAUGUAAUAUGCCCAUUAGUGGGCACAUCUGUACCAAAAUCAGUAUUUCACACACCAGAAGAAUUACCAGAAGCCAUGAAACAUUACAAAGAAUAUAUGUCUACCUGUGGUUCAGAUUCUGUGGGACUCAGGGUGGACUGUGAUAUGUGUGUUCAGGAUGCAUUUGAAUUGAGACAUAACGUUACUUCAGGAGUGUCUUCAAAAGUUCUAGAGAACUUCAAGAAAUAUUGUGAGGCUGCUGCUAAGGCAUGUGAUGAAGAACUGUCAUCGACAGAUUCAGCAGGGCCAACGUUCCUGAAAAAAUUGUUUGAUGAAAGUACCAAGCCUGUUGAGUUGCCCUUGUGUCACAUCACAAUACCACUUGAAAAGUACCUCACCUGUAAGUUUCCACAGAACUUAGAUUCACCACAAGACGAAAGCUCUGCUAGCACAGAAGACGAACUAAGAAAGGGAUUGUAUAAGUCAGUUCUGAAAUUCCUCAUAGAAAUAUUUGAAGAUAUCAUGAAAUUUGAAGUUCAGAUUGAAGAAUUUGAACAUAACAGUAAGAUACAGAAGUUGGAAGGACAGUCAGACAUAGGUGAGAAUGUGCUCGAUUGUGGGGGGGUGACAGAAAUUCAUUGUUCUGGUUACUGCAAAACAUGGACAGGACGUAAACAUGUGCCCAAGAAAGUGGAACUUCCUGCGAACAUGGUGACUAUCAUGAAAGAGAAAAUAAUAUCUGAUUUUUUAUUUAAGAAAUUUAAAGAGCAAGCUUCCACGUGUGACCCAGUUGUUACAUUUCGUUGCAUUUUUCGACCAAAAAAGGAACCAACUCGAGUCAUCCUUGAACUGUCUGAUAAGAAAUCUUACAAAGGUGAUUUUAAGGUCUUGGCCGGAUUCCUUAAUGGACGUGUACCCAUUUGGAUCGAACGAUGUAUGACGUGGCAGCAACAGGUGGCAAAGAAACAGGUGUAGGUACUGUGUACCUGCUGCAGAGCAUACCAAGUUUUCCCAGUAUUAGUCAUUAAUAAGUAUAUUGUUAGUCUUCAGGGUUGGAGUGUUUGUGAGCAAAAGUCUUAGAAAUUUACAUAGCCCAGAUCAGGAUCAGUUGAUCCCAUCCUGGCCCUAUAAAGUGCUUAUUAUACACUGACAACUUAUAAUUGAUGUUUAUUAGCUUCUUACAGCACUCAGAGUUGCCUAUGUCUGCCUCUUGAUAUGACUGUCUUGCAGGACAGUUUUGCUCUGACAUGAAUCUCUGGGGCUUGGCAUAAAUUGGUUCUUAUUAUACGCUGACAACUUAUAAUUGUUGUUUAUUAGUUUCUUACAGCACUCAGAGUUGCCUAUGUCUGCCUCUUGAUAUGACUGUCUUGCAGGACAGUUUUGCUCUGACAUGAAUCUCUGGGGCUUGGCAUAAAUUGGCCACAGAACUUGAUAAGUACACUGCAAACAGAUUUGUUCUCAUCUUAUGGUGAAUUCAGUCAGCUGCCUGAAUCUUGAGCAUUGAGGAAGUAUUUACCUGCAAUCCUGGGUGUUAAGCAAACCAUAUUAAGUUCAGGUCUGCUGAGGUGUGUGCUGCCAAUUUGUUAACAGGGGGCUUACACCAAUCUUCUUUUUCAUAUUUGAAUAAUUUUAAAUAAAAUCAAACAAUAUAUGCCAUGAAUGUGUGUAAUGUGACUCAAUAUACUAUAUAGCAGCUAAAUAUCCCUUAUCAAAACCUGCAAUUAAAAUGUCCGUUUGAAUUGUUGGACAAAUCUUCAGCUGUUAUUAAGUAAAACUCUAAAUUAAAACAUUCAUUUGAAUUGUUGAACACAUUUUCAGCUGUUAUUAAGCAGAACUCUACUAAAUCUAUAGAAAUAAUCAUUGAGUCUAGCUGCAGAUUUGACUUCACAUCGUAAACACGUUAAAACAUACAGUUGACCUUGCAUCGUAAUUAUGUAACCAGCAUACAUUUUGUAGCUCACGUUUCUGAAUAGAUUUUUCUGCAAAUGGGCCAAAAUAUGUUCAAACAUUGUGAAUUAAUGCAUUUGCCAAUACUGAUUCCAUAUUUCGUUUGCAAUUAAAAUGUGGCAUCAAUAUUAUAGGUCUGUUUUGCUUUGCCACUCUGUACACUAGCAUAUAUGGUUUUCAUAUUUAUCCUAUCAGUUACAGAAGGUAAUAAUAACUCUCUUAUAUUCUUCUAAAAUAUAAUUUUUAUGUUUGCACUCAAUAAUGAAAGCUGUUUUACUUUCUUCCUUAGAGGUGACUGCUGAGUUUCCCAAGAAUUUCCAUCUGCAUUCUCAGAUUAAUCUGUUCACCAUAUGAAUGAACAUGUUUAUCUUCUAGAACCAGCAGUGAAUGUGCGAACAUCAUUAGAACACGGAUAAUGUUUUUUAACAACUGGUCAUUCAUAAAAUAUUCUAGCUGAAUCUGAGACCACGAAUCUCGACUUUGAAUGCUCUAUAUGUGACACUGUAUGUAUGUCACUAUUCAUGAAUUAUCACUCAUCUCUGUGAUAACAGUUUGGCCAUAUUUAUUUUCCUUUGUUCUAAUAAAAAAAAUAACAUGUUUUUGUGAUUUCAUUUUAGAACAGCAGGGUCUAGCAAGUCAUGUUGUAAAUAUCUAUAUCAUACUUCUGUUUCAUAUGCAGACAACAUAUUUGUUGCUUGCACCACAACAUUAUGCUGAUCAUAAGCAGCUGAUAUGCCUUGUUAUCAGUAUAAAGGAACACACCCCUGUACUAUCUGUGCAUCAGAUACAGCAGUGAUGCAUACAUUUGGUAUAACAUAAGCCAUGGAUUGUUCAAUAUAGUGUUUCAAGCAUAUGGGUCCCAUCCAUGUUUUAUAUUCUAAGUAGCAGAUGUAUCUGUAUCUUAAUGAAAUUAGACAAAUGACAUGAUCUUUGAUGUCGAUGUAAUGUCACUACACAGCACAUAUUUUGAGUGCUACUUAACAGAGAAAAAUAAGGGACACUGUGCUACAAGCUGGAAGAUUGCUGUUUCAAUUCCCGAUAAGUUCAUUGAAUUCUAUGGCUUGAGCCCAUUCUCAUCCCUAAGGUUCCUGCUGUGUAUUAAUCGUAUGAACCUUACAUGCAGCUCUCUGAUAUAUAGCUUCUGCUCAAAGCACCCAAGAUAAGUUUGCAAUGUGUGCCAGUCCUUUGAAAUGGCUUUGCUCUGACAACAUGUAUGAAUGUAAUUUUAUAUAGAAUGAAAGUAAUAAAAAGAUGUAAUUUUCAAAAUUGUUAAUCAACAGUAUUCUUUACUGGAGUUGAUUUCUUAACUGUACCUUAUUAAAUAUGUGGUUGAAAGAAAAAUUAACAUUUUAUGUAAUACAUAGUUUUUAAAUGGCCUAAAUGUAUUGUCAUUUCCAUCAGGGGUAAGUCGUCUUAUGACAGCCUCCAUAAGUGCUCUGCUUAUGUCACCCCUUUUGCUACUCUCUUUUGCAUACAGUAAGCCCUCCACAUUCAUGAUGUAUCUAAUGAGUGCCUAUUCUACAUUCAUGCCGGCUUGGCUUUGCAAGUCUGAGGGUUUACUGCUGCAGUAUGAAAGCUUAGUACAGAGCCAUAUGGUCACGUGCCACCCUCUUACUUCAGUGUCA